CACAUACCGUGUGCUAUCAGGUUCCCAGAGGGGAUAGGAAAGCUCAGUCUGUCAAAAUCCUCCUGUCUCCCAGCUCGCAGUUCAGUGCUCUGUGCCAUCAGCUCACACGUACAGGCUGAAAGUGUGGGCAGUUGUUGUCCUGAGCUUCAGCUGGUUCGCUCUGCUGGUGCUUGGCUUGGUCCAGGACUGCAAGAAGGCUUUUCUCUGGAACCGUCCAUGGAUGCUGUUCCCACUUCAAGUGGCAUGCCACGGCCGGCGUUGCACCGUGUAUCCUGGGCUCGGGGAAUGGAGCACAAAGGUUAUGCUUGCCGUAAUAUCUCCACCUCCACUGCUCUUCAGACUAGAACCCACGUUAGCUGUGAUAUCAAAGGAGAUGUUGCAGUUGUACGCUUCAACACACCAAAUUCAAAGGUGAACACUCUAUCCAGACAAUUGAGCUCAGAGUUUACUGAUGUAAUGAAUGAGAUCUGGGCCAAUGAAGCUGUCAAAAGUGCUGUCCUCAUCUCUUCAAAACCAGGCUCUUUCAUUGCUGGAGCAGAUAUUGACAUGAUUGAAGCCUGCAAGACUUCUCAGGAAGUGACUCAGCUCUCUCAGGAAGGACAGAAGAUGCUAGAAAAAAUUGAGCAGUCUCCAAAGCCCGUAGUUGCUGCCAUCAGUGGCUCCUGCCUGGGAGGAGGACUGGAGGUUGCCAUUGCCUGUCACUACAGAAUAGCAACAAAGGACAAGAAAACAAUCUUGGGAACACCUGAAGUGUUACUGGGUCUCCUGCCGGGGGCAGGGGCUACUCAGAGGCUGCCGAAGAUGGUGGGACUUCCUGCUGCCUUUGAUAUGAUGCUGACUGGAAGGAACAUCCGUGCUGACAGAGCAAAGAAGAUGGGUCUGGUUGACCAGCUGGUGGACCCUCUAGGGCCAGGUAUGAAGGCUCCGGAAGCACGAACAAUUGAGUACUUGGAGGAGGUAGCGAUUGGCUUUGCCAGAGGACUAGCCAACAGGACUGUGUCUGCCAAAAGAUCGAAAGGGCUAAUACAGAAGAUAACAGACUAUGCUAUGGCUCUUCCAUUUGUGAGGCGGCAAGUCUACAAGACAGUGGAGAACAAAGUUCAGAAGCAAACCAAAGGACUCUACCCUGCUCCACUAAAGAUCAUUGAGGUUGUAAAGACUGGUCUUGAUCAGGGGCAUGAUGCUGGAUACCUCAUUGAGUCCCAGAGCUUUGGUCAACUUGCAGUGACUAAGGAAGCCAAGGCGCUGAUUGGACUUUACCACGGGCAGGUGCGCUGCAAGAAGAACAAGUUCGGAACACCUCAGCGAGAGGUCAAGACUCUGGCAGUGCUGGGAGCAGGGCUCAUGGGAGCUGGGAUCGCACAGGUUUCAGUGGAUAAGGGACUGAAGACCAUUCUGAAGGACACAGCACAGCAAGGCUUGGACAGAGGACAGCAGCAGGUCUUCAAGGGGCUGAACAGCAAGGUGAAGAAGAAGAGUUUGACAUCGUUUGAGCGGGACUCCAUUCUCAGCAACCUGACGGGCCAGCUGGACUACAAGGGCUUUGAGAAGGCAGACAUGGUGAUUGAGGCUGUGUUCGAGGACAUUAACAUCAAGCACAAAGUGCUGAAGGAAGUGGAGGCUGUGAUCCCUGCUCACUGUAUCUUUGCCAGUAACACAUCUGCCCUCCCGAUCAGCCAAAUUGCUGCUGUUAGCAAGAGGCCAGAGAAGGUGAUCGGGAUGCACUACUUCUCCCCUGUUGACAGAAUGCAGCUGCUGGAAAUCAUCACCACAGACAAAACAUCCCAGGACACUGCUGCUUCUGCUGUUGCUGUUGGCCUCAAACAGGGCAAGGUCGUCAUCGUUGUAAAGGAUGGGCCUGGCUUCUACACCACUAGGUGCCUAGGGCCGAUGCUGGCAGAAGUGGUCCGAGUUCUCCAGGAGGGCAUUGACCCAAAGAAAAUAGAUGCCAUCUCUACAGCCUUCGGCUUUCCUGUGGGUGCUGCCACGCUGAUCGACGAGGUGGGUGUGGAUGUGGCUACACAUGUGGCUGAGGACCUUGGCAAGGCCUUUGGCGAGCGCUUCGGAGGAGGCAGCAUCGAGUUGUUCAAGCUAAUGGUGGAAAAAGGCUUCUUAGGUCGCAAGGCAGGGAAAGGCUUUUAUGUUUACCAAGAGGGGGUGAAGAACAGGAGCUUGAAUUCUGGCAUGGAUGAGAUCUUGGCACGGUUCAAAGUGCCAGCCAAACCUGAAGUCUGCACUGAUGAGGACAUCCAGAUGCGCUUGGUGACGAGGUUUGUGAACGAGGCAGCCAUGUGCCUGCAGGAAGGGAUCCUCAGCAACCCUGUGGAGGGAGAUAUUGGUGCUGUGUUCGGCUUGGGCUUCCCACCAUGUCUGGGAGGUCCCUUCAGGUACGCAGACUCCUACGGAGCCAAGCAGCUGGUGGACAAGCUGCGGAAGUACGAGGCCGUCUACGGCAGCCAGUUCACGCCGUGCCAGCUGCUGCUGGACUACGCCAACAGCCCAAGCAAGAAAUUCCACCAGUGAGCGUGGCCCGACGCUGCCUGACCGCAACACACCGACAGCUCGAGCUGGAGCCACCGGCUCUCCAGCGACACCCCAUUCUCUGUAGGUUAAUCUGCAAAGCACCCGGGGGAGGCAGGGAAGGAAGGAAGGUGGUAACAGGUUGCCUCGUGGCUUCUAGUCAUUUCAAGUGCCUUAUCAGCUACUCUGUGUUGGGCACGUCCGUCCCCUGCCAGCGCGGGCCUGGUGGCUCCUUGCUGGAAGAGAGAAUUUCUUCUGCGUCCACCUCCAUGCUGCGACCUCCAAAGCUCCGGGUCUGGCAGGCACCAUCCAGCACGCAGCUGGCCCUGAGGGCCUGCCUUUCCGUAAACCUCCAACAAAAUAAAUCCCCGUCUCCUAGGUUUGGACUCCAUGCCUGCUUCUCCCAUCUCUCUGGGGCAGCAGCCUCUCGGCGCCGAGGAAGGGAACAGCUCGAGUCGGAAAUAAAGCAUUCAGGCAAUC